AUGUCUGAAAGUGGAGCAUCUUCCCCUGAAAUCCAAGAAACUCAUCAUAUAGACAUAAAUGACCUCUUGGAUCAAGAUGAACGCGACCUCCAUGUCUCUGCUAAUCGGAAAACCUUCCAAAUUACUGAAUCAGAUGAAGAGCAGCAAGAUAAGGUUGAAAGCAGUGGUCCUGAAGCUAGUAUAGAUGAGGAAGAUUCUGAAGAGAUUGAGGCGGAGGCCGAAGUAGAAACAUUUUACCACGAUUUGAAUGAUGAGGAACCGGACAAUGAGGCGCGCCCUCCCUCUCCUCAGCCUUCUCCUAAUCCUUAUGCCCAUCCUAGAAUUUCUGACCAUGAAUUAGAUUUUGAUUGGGACGAAGAUAAGGAGAUUCGAGAAACCGUAAAAACUAAGGCUCGCAAAAGGGCUGAUAUGUCGCUCCCCGCGGGAUUUGGCGUGAAAGGGGGGCGCGCCACCAAUGUGGGCGCGUCCGGUUCAAAACAGACGCCAAAAGUGUCCGUUAGCCAACAGGCUAAAAAGCCUCCCUCUCCUAAGAAGAAGGUCCAGGAGAAGAGGAGGAAUCAAGAGUUGGAGGUACAUUCCUCAAAAAAAUCGAAGCUGCAAGAAUCUCCUUCUGGGUUUCCUUAUGACGCUCCAGUGACAGCUGCUGGCGACUGGUUUGCUAAGGUAGCAGACGGUUAUAUUGAGCCUUCUAAGUUCACGAGCUGGCAGCAGAGAAAUGGCGAGCAGGCGGCCGAUGCAUGUAGGCGCGCCGCCGCAGAAUUGUUCUUUCAUUUGACCUGCAACCCCUCAGACACCGAGAAACUCAGGGCGAGCCUCGAUGCUGCCAGGGAAGAAAAUACUAAGAUGAAGCAAGUGCUAGCUGAGGCUGAGAAGGAUAAGGCUGAGCUGGAAAAGUUUAAGACUAGAGCCAUUAAGGAUAUCUCCAGGCUGAAGUCAGAUGCUGAUAACCUUAGGACGGAGCUAAACAAGACAGCCCAAGACUUGUCCAAUGCUGGCGAGACAGUUGUCUCUUUGGAGAAGAAGAUUGAAGAGUUGGAGAGGCAGCAAGCUGAGACCAACCGCCUUGCUUAUGCAGAUGGAUUUAGGAGUUACGUUACUGGCUUUCUUGCUGUAGACCCUGACUAUGACUGGAGUAGAUUUGUUCCUGCCACCAGAACAUGGAUCGAAGAGUUCAAAGUGGAACAAGCCCAAGCUAUUGAGGAGAGGAGGUUGGAGAUUGAAUUAGAGGCUGCAUCUGACUCUGCCAAGAAAUUUCUGGAACAACCUUCUCCACAAGAGGCGCGCCUAGAUGUUCAAGAUGAGGCGCGCCAAUUGGGUCAAGAAUCUCAAGAGAAUCAAAUCCCUAGAAUCCAAUCUGGUGGUGAUACUCUCCAGGAACCUUUGACUGUUGAGACGGCUGAGAUGACCGGGUCACAACCUAACAUUCCUGACUCUUCUCAGGAUCAGGUCUAA